CUUGAAGUAACCUACUUUUCCCAAUUGAUAAGACUUUUUCUUCAAUUACUUGUCUCUUAGUUGUUUUAAGGCUUUCUUCUUUAUUUCUUAAAAUGUCUAGAGUACUUGUCGGAGUGAAGAGAGUAAUCGACUACGCUGUUAAGAUUCGUGUAAAACCUGACAAAACAGGAGUUGUUACUGAUGGCGUAAAACAUUCUAUGAAUCCAUUUGAUGAAAUAGCUGUAGAAGAAGCAGUGCGCAUGAAAGAAAAGAAAAUUGCUAGUGAAUUAAUAGCUGUUUCUUGUGGCCCUGCUCAAUCACAGGAAACAAUAAGAACUGCUCUUGCAAUGGGAAUUGAUCGAGGAAUUCACGUGGAAGUUUCUGCAGCUGAAUUGAAUACUUUACAACCCAUUCAUGUUUCAAAAAUCAUUGCCAAAAUUGCUCAAGAUGAAAAAGUUGAUCUUGUGAUUGUGGGAAAACAGGCUAUUGAUGAUGACUGUAACCAGACUGCGCAGAUGACUGCUGCAAUACUAGAUUGGCCACAGGCAGCUUUUGCUUCUAAGAUAGAAAAAGCUGGUGAUGAACUAACAGUAACUCGUGAAAUUGAUGGUGGUCUUGAAGUUAUCAAAGUUAAAUCUCCUGCAGUUAUUAGUGCAGAUUUAAGGCUUAAUGAACCACGCUAUGCUACUUUACCAAACAUAAUGAAAGCUAAAAAGAAACCAAUUAAGAAAGUAACUCCAAAAGAUUUAGGGAUUGACAUUUCUCCAAGAAUUGAAAUUCUCAGUGUUGCCGAUCCACCUACUAGACAAGCUGGAGCAAUAUUGCCAGAUGUGGAUGCAUUAGUUGCUAAGCUUAAAGAAGGUGGUCAUAUUUGAUAUGACUUCUGUUAUUUAGGUCAACAUGAUAUGGUGGUGUUCUACAUGACAUGUACAUAGAAGAAAAUAUUUUUCUAGAAUUGAAUAUUUUGUUAUUAUUUUAAAUUAAUGUGUUUAUGAAUAAAACCUUAAAACAGAAUUGUUGUAUUUCACCAUUCACACUCAAUUUUAUGACUAAAGAAUUAUAAUGAAUUACUUCUUUUUUUCAUUGCCUACAUAGCUGUUUCUCGGUAUCAAGGUCAUCAUUGGGCUCCAUGCUAAAACAUCAUCGGCGACGUUAUACACACCAAGGAUGUAUCGAGGAUUGGGACUGAUCCGCUGUCAAUGGGAGGCUCCUUUGCAACAUUGGUCGAUUGCCCAGCAACUGUCUAAUGUACCGGAUGCCCUAUUCCAGUCUACAUUUGAUUAUAACGCUGAAAUUGCCGAAUGUGUGGAGAGACUGAUAUGGCAUGGUGGAGAGACUGGGUGUUGAUCAGGCAUACUGAAGUGUUAGAACUCUACGAUAGUCGCCGAGAGAAAAUUAUUUUUAAGAAUGGGCCUGUUGCAGGUGGCAAGGCAUUGGAGUUAG